AUGAGGAAGUUUGCUGUCUCCCAUUUGCGGACAUUUGGAGAUGGGAAGAAAAGCCUUGAGCUCAGAAUCCAACAAGAAUGUGUCCACCUUUGUAAUGCUUUUAGGGCAGAAAAGGGACCUUUUAACCCCAUGGUCACCUUAAACAGUGCCGUCUCAAAUAUCAUCUCCUGCUUAAUAUUUGGACAACGCUUUGACUAUCGUGAUGAAUAUUAUCAAAGAAUUCUGCGUCUUGACACUGAAUGCAUUCAGUUAAUGGGCUCUCCUAGAGCACAGCUGUAUAAUGUGUGUCCUUGGCUCUUGGAAUACUUACCUGGCCCCCAUCAGACUAUUUUUUCCAACUAUAAGCAAAUAACAGACUUCCUGAGAGGAGAGAUCAUUAAACACAAAGAGAACUGGGACCCUUCAAACCCACGUGACUUUAUAGACAACUACCUGACUGAGAUGGAAAAGAAAAAUAGUGACCCUGAGGCUGGUUUUAACAUUGAAGGAUUAGUGGUGACUUGUCUAGACCUGAUUGAGGCCGGGACAGAAACCGCAACUACGACAUUGCGCUGGGGUCUGCUUUUUAUGAUGAAGUUCCCAGAAAUCCAAGAAAAGGUGCAGGCAGAGAUAGACAGGGUUAUUCGACAGUCACGUCAACCCUGUUUGGCUGACAGAGUUGAUAUGCCCUACACUGAGGCUGUUAUCCAUGAGAUGCAAAGAUUUGGGGAUGUUGUUCCACUGGGAUUCCCUAAAAAAGCUGUUAAAGACACAAAACUAGGAGGAUUCUUCAUUCCUAAGGGGACCUCUAUUACAGUAAACCUGUCUUCAGUCCUGCAUGAUCCAAAUGAAUGGGAAACCCCAAAUACCUUUGACCCAGGACAUUUCAUGAAUGAAAAUGGCCAGUUUCGGAAAAGAGAUGCUUUCCUGCCAUUUUCAGCAGGUAAGCGAGCGUGUUUGGGAGAGCAGCUGGCUCGUCAGGUGAUCUUCCUGUUCUUCACCACUCUGCUGCAGCAAUUCACCGUCACCAAAUGUCCAGGAGAGGAACCCAGUUUGGAGGGAGAGAUAUGGUUCUGUUCUCCACCUUAG